GCAAGAUACAGUAGUAGCGUAAAGCUCGAGAUAUUCAGCCGCACGUACGCCUUAUUACCACCUGCGGCCAAAGGAGAGGCGGUGAUGUCGCAGGAACGAGAUUGGUCGUCUCUCCCGGUGGACCUGCUUAUCCUCAUCCUGAAGCGUCUGCGGUGGUCGAGCCACCCGAGUAUCGCCUUGGUGUGCCGACAAUGGAGCUCGGCCAUGUCGCCCUUCUAUCCGGUGUGGAUCACCCCGCUCCUGCUAAACACCACCGACGUCGGAACCACCAAUGUCCGCUACUACAGUCCCUACUUCCAGAAAAACUUCGAGAUUGGCGACACCCUAGAGGCACCUGACGCCAAGAUCUGUUACGCCAACGGAAGGUUCGAACAUAUCAUCUACGAUGGUAUGGGCAAGAUGUUCGGCAUCAGUACGCUUGCCGUCCAAGUGAUUGCUUGUUGCAUGCAAAACAGCGACGGGGUGUGGGAACAUUGGGAGUACUCCUACCCCGACAGGACAAAGUUCACGGCGUCACCAGGGUCCAACCCUGUGCUCCACCACGGCUUGAUCUAUCUACUAUUAGAAGACGGAAGAUUAGCCGUAUGCGACGAGCGCAGACACGAAGAAGGAUUUGAAAUUCUUGAGAAGCCACGGGGUUUCGGGUUUGUAUACGAAGACAGCUACUUGAUCGAGUCCGGCCAGGGCGAGCUGAUGGUCGUCCUCAUCGGCCGACGCGGGUCACCUGUCGACGUCUUCAAGCUCAAUGGACCCACGAUGGAGUGGGACAAGAUGGAGAGCCUAGAUGGCAGGGCUUUGUUUACGGGCACACUCACGACCAUAAUGAAGAAGACUACCAUCAAGUCAGAUGCAGAACAAGAUCUUCCUCCCAAGACUCUAUGAUUGGCCGGACAUUGUUUAUGCUGACUUUGUUCUGUGCGACGGUAAUUUGGCUUUGUGCCGGGGUCGCCACGUGUUGAUAACAAGGUGAAGGUUGGCAA